CCCCGUCCCCGGAGCCGGGCACUUUUCCAGUUCUUCUCCUGGACGGUGGCCGGAGUGCAGUUUGUAUCCAGACAGCUGCGCUCCUAUUUGCGGACCACGGACGGACGACGACGGAUGACAGCUCCCACAGCACGGCUCUGGGCUCCACCACCCCACGCUUCCCCACGAUGGCAGCAGGAGAACAACGCCCAAAUUGCCUCCCACAGCUCGAAGUGCAGCCGUCCUGCCCAGGAGAUGAAAAGCAACGGGGCUGCAAACGCAAGCUGGGCAGAAGGGAAGCAGCCCUUUUGAUCUUUGGGAGCGGAGUGCUGGUGGGCGCCAUCCUCACGCUGCUGAUUCUGAGAGUGCGCCCACUUGAGCCGUGCCCCCCCCCCCCCCCGGGCUUCCGCCAUGUCUGCCCCAACGGCUGGCUGGGUUUGCAAGGGAAAUGCUUUUAUUUCUCGGACACCAAGAGAGACUGGAACAGCAGCAGGGAGCACUGCCAGCAACACGGAGCUUCCCUGGCCACCCUGGACACGGAGGAGCAGACGGACUUCGUGCAUCGGUACCAGGGCUGGAAACACCACUGGAUUGGGCUGCACAGGGCAGGAGGGGACGAGCGCUGGACGUGGGCCGAUGGCAGAACCUUCACCAACCGGUCCAUAGCAGGCACAGGCCCAUGCGGGUACCUGAGCAGCACGGGGUUCAACUCAACGUUCUGCCACGAUGCGAAGUUCUUCGUGUGCAUCAAAGCCGACAGCUUCGUGCUAUGGAGGAAUGGGAUGCAGCCACACUGAUGGAUCCCAUCAACACGACUGUGCUGCUGGGUGCCUCUGAGCCGUCACUGCUACCUCCAGCAGCCUCUGCUGCGCUCCGUCCUGCACAGCACCACCCAGCCGUGUCAGGAAGCGUGUGGAACUGCUGUGCCUGAGGAGAUGUGGGUCACUGCUGUGCCUGAGGAGAUGCACAACUCUGCCGUGCCUUAAAGGGAGGGAACCAUUGGGGUCCUUCCAUCUCAGAGCUCACAGAAGGAGCCCCUGGUGCUGCCCCCCCCCC